AUUUGACUGCGAGUGGCCAUGACAGAGGCAGCAUGGGCACGGACCGCGCGGCUAGCGCUCGCCUGGAUACCCGUCGGUAUCACCUUCAACUCGCUUGUUAUGAGCGUCGGCCGCGUCGAAGGCCGGUCGAUGCAGCCGACGAUGAAUGCCGAAGACGGCGACCGUGAGAUCGUCCUCCUCGACAAAUUCUCCGUCCAAGUCGCCCAUCGGCUCGUGCGCGGUGACGUUGUCGUGCUGAAAUCGCCGAGCGAGCCUUGUGAGUACCUCACAAAGCGGCUUAUCGCGCUCGAGGGCGACUGGGUUGAAGGCCGCAGCGGCCGCCGCGUUGUCGUGCCGGCCGGCAAGUGCUGGGUGGAGGGCGACAAUGCCGAGCUCAGCGACGACAGCAACUCGUUCGGAUGCGUCCCCAUGGCCCUCAUCGAAGCGCGCGUGGCGGCCGUCGUUUGGCCUCUUCUCCACAUCAAGCGCAUUCGCAACGAGCAUCCGCCGAACCGCAUCUUAUAAACAAACACACAUCCAAGUUCUUGUUGGUUGCUCGCCUCUG